UCGACGCCACAACCACAACACAGCCCGGCGGCGCACCCCGCGCACGUUAGCCUCACCAACUCCGUACACUUAAACCGGUUGGGCUUUGAUUUAAUCCCCGUUCCUUUUAAGCAGCAUAGUAAUCAAUCCGAUAUUGGCAUCGUCAUCGCCAUCAGCAUUCAUCGUAAUUAUUAAUGAAAAUUAAACCUUGUUUUUUCAAAUCCCGUCUAUGUGUACUUCACCGAUCUUAUAUCUCAUCACCUCCCACGUUCAAGCCCCGAAAACCGAAAACCAAAACCCAAGCAAUAAAACCCAAAGGGAAUUCCCCGAAAUUAUCUUUUGCCCCGUUUGAUUUAGUUCCGUGGAUCGGUGUUGAAGCUGGAGUUGGAGCUUGGAGAUUGUUUCUAGGGUUUUGAUUAGUUUGGGGAAUGGCUCAAUCGUCGAGCAGAGGAGCGAGGUGCGUGGGGGACUACGUGGUGGGGCGGCAAAUCGGGUCGGGUUCGUUCUCGGUGGUGUGGCACGCCAGGCACAAGGUCCAUGGAGCGGAGGUGGCGAUCAAGGAGAUCGUUAUGGGGCGGUUGAACAAGAAAUUACAGGAAUCUCUCUUGUCUGAGAUUGAUAUCUUGAAGCAGAUUAACCAUCCUAAUAUCAUUCGGUUGCACGAUAUAAUCCAGGAAACUGGAAGAAUACAUCUUGUGUUGGAAUAUUGUAGAGGCGGCGAUCUUUCUAUGUAUAUGCAACAACGCCAAGGAAGAGUUCCAGAAGGCACAGCAAAGUACUUUAUGCGGCAGCUAGUGGCUGGUUUACAAGUUCUCCAUCACAAUAAUUAUAUACAUCGAGAUCUCAAGCCCCAGAAUCUCCUCCUCUCAACAAAUAGUGACAAUGCAGUCCUGAAGAUUGCAGACUUUGGAUUUGCAAGAUCUCUUCAACCCAGAGGCCUUGCAGAAACCUUGUGUGGUUCACCUCUUUACAUGGCUCCCGAAAUUAUGCGGCUUCAGAAGUAUGAUGCAAAGGCAGACCUCUGGAGUGUUGGUGCCAUUCUGUUUCAGCUUGUGACUGGGAAAACUCCAUUUACAGGAGGCAAUCAGAUACAGUUGCUCCAGAACAUUGAGAAAUCAACUGAUUUGCAAUUCCCUGGAGAUAAAAAUGAUUUGAGUUCUGACUGCAUAGAUUUGUGUCGGAAAUUGCUACGCCGUAAUCCAGUGGAGCGGUUGCAUUUUGUAGACUUCUUCAACCACCCUUUUCUGUCUCUGGGGCAACCCAAUGAAAUGUUGAGGGGUGGAAGGUCACCAAGCAUAGUUGAUGAUUUUCCCUUCUUUGAAUGCAAUCCUGUGGGGAAAGAAGAAGAAAGUUCCCGGGAAGAUUGUUUGCCUUUUUGUCUUGACGAUGAUUCUAGUGGACCUGAUGGGAGUCCAUCCCUUGGUGGAACAAAACCAAUGAAGUCCACAUAUGGAUUUUCUCUUGAUAGAAAUGUUGAUAGAAAGGAAGUAUCAAACACAAACAUCGAUCUUACUUCCAAGUAUAGUAAUGUUACCCAAAAACUAGAAAAACCUGGGUUGUUGGGCAACCCCAUACCUUCAGCUGGAAAUCUGAAAGAAUCUUUUAGAUCCACAGACCAGAGACCACCAAACACAUCCUCAAAAGUUGUGGAUUCAUUGGAGUUGAUUGAUCAGGAUUAUGUUUUUGUCUCUGGACCUCCUGUGGACGUGUCAUCUUCUUCAGCAAGUGCUUCCAAGCUGAGCCCUUUACCUUGCAAAUUAGAGUCUCCCCAACAAGAAUCUGCUAAUAUCAACUCCAUGUCAACUGCCCCAAUGCCAAUCAUUGGUGCAACAGGCCGCAGAGUGGGUUACAUUGGCAGUUUGGACAGUCACAGUUCUGCUCCUUCUGGGACUUCACAAGGAUCCAUGGAUAUGAGAGACACAUUAGAGCAGCCCUCAACUAAUUGCAUGACCAGGAUUAAAUCAUUACAGCGCUGUGCAUCGGCCAUCAAGGAAUUAGUAAAUGAAAAGAUUGAGGCAGGUAGGCAACUAGAAGCAUUCUCAAUUCAGCUUGUUAUUCUUGCAAUAUGGAAGCAAGCUCUUCACAUUUGCCAUACACAAGCUGUAUCAGCAGUUGAAGGAUUCAGAUUGAGGGAGAGCACUAACCUGGAGCAUGGGAGUCCUGAUAUUGCCAGCAUUCGAGGAACGCGGGAUAUUUGCUCCCAGAUUGAAAGGGAUUUUCUUCUUGAAAUUGGGAAUGCCGAAGAACUUGCCAAGGUUAUUGAGCCUGGAAAUGUUGAGAUGCCAGAUGCUAUAGAGAUGGUAUAUAAAUCAGCCCUUGACUUUGGCAAACGUGGCGGUCUUGAUGAGUACAUGGGCGGGACAGAAAGUGCAGCCGUCUUUUACUCAAAAGCAGUGCGGUUGUUAGACUUUCUGCUCGUAGAGGCAUCAUCGCUGAUUCUGAAUCCUCCCUUCUCUCUGACUAAUUCAGACCGGUAUAGACUCCGAAAUUACAUUGAUAUGCUGAAUAAUAGGCAAAGUCAGUCGAGGUCUCAGAGGAUGGCUAUUCUUAAAUGCGAGGAUCAACGUAGCCCACCGUAACGUAACUAUAAUAGGUUAUCUAUUUGGGAGCUAUUGGUGCGCAACCGUUGUUGCCUCGAAAGAGAUUCCAGCCUCUACAUCAGACUUUAAAUUACCACGAGGUAUAUAUAUGCUAAACUCCUAUGGCAUAAUUUGAUUUUGUAUUGUAUAUGGUCAUGGGAAACUGAGUCUUGCAAGGUGUUUUUGAACUUAUUUUCGUUGUGUUCUUAUUUAUGUUUUUGAAAAAAAUUUGAAAAUGGUAAAACCCUUGCCUUGAUACACCAAGAGUUUGCGUUUUCUUUCAGUUGUAUCAGAGCCUCGACUUGGUUUCAAUGACCU